AGCGUCGUGCGUGGCCACCGAGGCCACGCCCACUUCCGGCUUCUUGGCUUCAGCAUGGCUGCUUUAGGUACUUUGCUCUCUACAGGUGUCAGGAGGCUGCACUGCAGCGCGGCAGUUCGGGCGGGCAGCCAGUGGAGACUCCAGCAGGGCCUGGCUGCCAGCCCCUCCGGCUAUGGGCCCCUUACGGAGCUCCCAGACUGGUCUUACGCGGAUGGCCGCCCUGCUCCUCCAAUGAAAGGCCAGCUUCGAAGAAAAGCCCAAAGGGAGAAGUUUGCAAGACGAGUUGUACUGCUGUCACAGGAAAUGGAUGCUGGAUUACAGGCAUGGCAGCUCAGGCAGCAGGAGAAGUUGCAGGAAGAAGAAAGGAAGCAGAAAAAUGCUCUUAAACCUAAAGGGACUGCACUACCAAGUCAAUAAAAAGCAAUUCCUGUCUCCCUUA